UAAAGAACAGGCCAAACAUGCAGGUCAACAAUGCACACUUUGACCAACAGUACAUGUGCAAAAGACUCAUUAUACCAAUACAAAAUACUUGAAUAUUACAAAUCGGUGAUCAGUGCAUCACUUAAAUUAAAUGUAAAGCAGAAUUGCUACUGAGAUUUCUCCAGAUUUUUAUAACGAUUUAGAUUGGUUCCAUGGAAAUUGCAUAUCUCCGUGUUAGCAUGUGGUCUCUAUACAGUGUAGGGAUGCUGAUUUGCUGAGAAAGCCUGCAUUUCCAGAACAGCUUCAGUUUCCCAGCAGACUGGCUGUAUGACGGAAUGUAGCGCUGGGUGGAUGAUGAAUGGCUGCGUGCUUUCACACAGCUCACAGAAAUGUCCAACAUAUGGGAGACACAAAGAUGAUAAGAGCACCAUUUAGCACCAGUCACCUCAACUCUCUUACAAGACACUGUUACAUUAACACAGUAACUUGGGUUUGCGUUAACCUUGUGCUGUGUUUAUCGAGAGAGUGGGAUUCCAUGAGGCCCAUCCCUUUAAAGCGGACGUAGCUGCUGAGAUUAUCCCUUCCACUUCCUGGAGGUGGGAGGGGAGAGGGGUGGGGUAUCUGUCAUUGCCAGUCUGCAGUACUGCAGAUGCUGCCACUACCGCCACUCUUCACAGACCAACUAAGCCUGCGGCAGCCCUGCAUCCCAGACGGCCCCCUGGCCAGUUCUGUCUGUCCCCCACCACUCCCUCCCCCACACCCAACCAUCUGACUAGAGAGCCCAGCCACUAUUAACCCAUUCCUUGCAAACACUCCCAUCCCAAAACCUUGUCUCUACACAAGCCCAGCUGUGCCUUAUGCACAUCUCCUUGCACUUGCAAUUAAAUGAAAACACAAAAGCUUGAUAUGCACAUUCAGAAUGAGCAAAGGGCCUCGGGAUGUUCAAUGCAAUCGCUUCAUGCAAAACAUCGCCUCGCUCCAAAUGAACAAUCCUCCCAAAGAACGCAGGCGGACAGGCAGGCUCAUGAAUGAUUCAGUCCGUAGGAGGGAAAAGGAGCACUAUGCUAAUGAGCUGGCUGGGGAGGGCACCAGGCAGGCCAAUCGCAGCUCAGCACCAUUUGUGAGCUAGCCUGCUCUGCAUGCGACAUCCAUCCGGGCCGCGAGCAGCGGCGGGGGGAGAGAGACCCGUCUUUCUCCAGCAUCCCAGCCAACGGCAACGCAGCAGGCCGACUACAGCAAACCUUGAAGCAAUGACUGGUCAGAACAGCAGCCAUCCCUGGCAUUCAUCUGCCCCCCUGGCAGGGGUGGCCCUACAGGUGCAGGAGGUGUACCCUUUCCACGAUGGCUGGAAUGUGGCCUGCUUCGUUAUCUUACUACUCUUCAUCCUGACGGUGGUGUCGCUGGCAGCGCUGGCCUUCCUCUACGAACUCCUGGACUGUGGCUGCUGUGCUAAGGGAAAAACGGCACGCGAGUUGCAGGACGAGCCAGGCCCUUUCCGCGCUGUGCUAGCCAGUAUGCGCCAGCGCCACGUUGAAAUCGUGUAGCAGCAAAGGGGAGCUCCCUGACCACCGAGACUGUUCCCUCUCGCUUGCGGGUGGAGCCAAACCAUUUCAUUUUCUUUCAAAAGCACAUCUGCCAAUAAGGAGUCCAUGUGGGCAAAAUACAACAUGUUCUUUGUUGGAGGCCAGAGUUUUAUCACUGGAUAUCCAUCAACACCGCUAUACACUACUCCAGUCUGACAAUCCUUCAACCUGAGACCAGAAAAUGUAUUGAUAGCUGCAAACAGGAAUGCAUAAUGGUAUAUAGUGGCAGUACCAGAAACAAAACUGUGCUAAAAAUUCAACAAUCAAUAUAUGAACUACCAAAUGCAAUACAAUUCUGACAAUUACUCAGUUUGCACUGAUUAGUAAUGGAAAUGGCAGACCUAUACUGAAUUACAGUGACAUUCACAAACUCACAAAUCUGGCAUCACUGAAAAGAUGUUCAAACACAGCUUACAAAGGAACACCCAUUUUACAAUCUUGCUUUUUGGCUUUCAUGGCACUCAUAAGGAUGUGACUGAUUCAUCUUUUACACCUAUUACUCAAAGGACUUUUCAGAGCAGAAUUUGCAAUUAUUAAGUGUGCUCAUUGUUAUGUUCACAUGAGGUAAACUGUAGCCACAGUGAAAUGCUCACAGUGGGACCAAAACAUAAGAACAGCUGCCCUACAAGCAUAUCUGUUUUCUGUCACCACUAAGACAAUGUUUUUUUUCUUUUUAAAAAUACAACUGAAAUGUUGCUGGA